GGAGUGACAACAACCCUCCGAAACCUCGAAGGCCGCUACCGUCCACCUACUGCGCUUGUCAAGGAUAUGUCAUAAAGCUAUUCUACCGGGGACGAUAUUUGAAGUCGUCUCGAGCGCGACCACAACUAUGGGUGCAGGUCAGUCCAAGCCGGACGAGUCAACCAAGCAUGUUUUUGCCAGCGAUACGCCCAUACAAUUCUCACAAGAGCUCAUCGACUCUCUACAAGCAUCCGCAGAGACCAAUUCCACCCGCGCAAAGACAUUAGAGCUCCACAUCGCCCAGCGUGUAGCUGCCGAGCUCGAGAAGAUCCGAAACCACGAGUCAUCCGCUCUCGAAGAAGCCCGGAAGAAGAUCACCGCCGCAAAUGAGCAGACCGGCUCCUCAGACUCCUCAGAGCACUCGCUGCUACAAAUCCCCUCCAUAUCUCCCAAAGACCUGCUAGAAAGUAGCGACGAGAAACAGAGGAAGUCCCAGACCUCGGCAAAAGUGCAGCAAGAGAUUGAAAAGUUAAAACAGACACUCGGCCAGAGGAAAGUGCUGAAGGAGUUGCCGAACGAGGUGGAGUCGGCGAGACAAGAUGUUAUUUCUUGCUUGCGGAUAAACGACCGGAAACCACUCGAUUGUUGGAAAGAGGUGGAAGUUUUCAAGCGGGCGGUCCGGCAAAUGGAAGAGAAUUAUGUUGCUUCAGUACUAUGAGACGUUCCUGGGACGCAGGAUGGUUCGCCCGGCUCGCAGAGGAACGAAAAACUGUGUAUAUACCUAGAGAGAAUGGGACAGAAUGGCCGGAUAUUCUUUCCAACUACCGCAGUACUCUUUCUCUUCACCCGACACCCUCCGCUCUCAAGUUAUCCUGCUUCG